AUGUCUGUGUGGUUUGCCUUGGCGGUGAUGUGGUUGGCUUUCGGGGUCAAGGAGGAAGGGAGGGAUGAGGAUGUUGCCCCCACAUCGGAUGAGUACGACGACCUUGAUCUGCAGAUGGGUCUAUUCGCAGCCCUCGGCGAGUGCAGCUCGUCCGACGAAGCAGAGCCCCUGCCAAUCCAACCGCCGCUGCAAGCGGUGGACCCUUUGGAUUUGGCCUUGAACGCCUUGGGUGUUCCAAACUUGUUUCAAGAGUGCGGUGGCGACCCGGCGGACUUUGCAAAUCUGCAAAGAAGCUACGAGAUGCUGGCCGAGCACAUCGCUGCGUGGAAGCGAGUGGCUGAUUUGGUGAAGUGCCAAAUCACGUGCCACUGCUCUGAGUGCUUGCGGUUUUUCAUGAAACUCACCAAGUGCCGGCUUUGUCUUGGCCUUGGCAGCAAGAACGGGCACUCCGGCUGUGGCUUGAGCCAGGUUUCCAGUUACUUUCGCCGGUACCAUGUUGAGAAGCCCUUGGCCUUGGGCCGGUACUAUGAACUCCUAGCCCACGGCAAGGGCGAGGAGGAGGAGGCAAAGCGAAUCCUGAAGGCCGAAGAGGCACGGUUGGCUGCGGAAGCCAAAGAGAUGGUUAGACUUGAAGCGCACAAGCGCAAACAUUUGGAAGAGGAGAGGGACAUCGUUUUCCAGCAGGAGCUGGUUAAGGCCAUCGACGAGUCCAAGAAGAGCAUUCGCGACAAAUGGGCUGCCCAGAACCCUACCAUCCCUGUGCCUUCACCCAUUGGGAUUGGGUCUUUAGCCGAUGUAGUGACCUCGGGCGGCGCUUUGGGCAGCGGGGCCAGCCCGCGGUUGCCGCGCGGGGCGGCCUCCCAUCUGGCCGAACCUGGGCUGCCGCACCUUGGACACGUGCUGUAA